AUGAAUACAUCUGAUUACGCUGGCUUAGUCGCCGCCUCUCUUUUCUUGUUAGUCGCCUUCGCCCACGUAGUUAAGGAGUUUGUACUCAAUUUCAGGCUUCGUUCUAAAUCUGAUAGAAAAGUCGUGACUGAUGAGAAGGAGAAGACGAGUGUCAGAAUUUAUCGUUUAUUACUGCUACACGUAGGCACCAACAACAUCGUUUUGGUGUGCCUGAUUUUUGGAAUCUCAUUUAUUAUCUAUGGCCUGAGGGAAUUUCUGGACGGCCUUUGCUUUUUUGUAGGAGGUUUAACAUCAUUGGUAACAGGUUUAUUGGCAGUGCUCUCAUGUAAAGGAGCAUCCAGCAAACUAGUAGAUUUGUCCCAAACAGGAAUCCGUCAAGUGUAUUUAAGAUGUUUGGGAAAUUCGUCAGCAAUUUCCAUCUUCUUGAUAGGUUUAAACGUUCUUUCAUUGUUCGUGCUUACGAUAUUUUUGUUCGCAAGAAAAUCACUAAAAGAUGAAAAUGUGCUGGAUUUGCUGACCACAAUUUCAUACUUUUGCUUUGGAACGCUUUUUGUGACAAUUUUCUCCCGACUGUCAGGAGGACUCUUCAACAACUCAUAUAACAUUCUCCUGGAGUCUAAUAAAAAAAUGGCAAAUGAAGAAGUUUCAACAGAUGAAGCUGCGGAAACUAAGCUAUUAGGAGAUAUGAACAACUACCUACAGAAUGUCUACGAGUUGGUGCUCGAAGUGGUUGCAAUCCUGUCAACACUAGUCUGCUCAUACGUAAUGGUGAUGGGCAAAUUCAAGGAAAAAGGAGAACUCUUUGCCACAUCAGUAAAGUAUUUAUCAUACCCAUUCAUAAUUCUCUCAUUCAGCCUAUUUAUAACGGCAAUAACAAUAACAGUUUUCACGUAUUUUAUGAAGAAUAACACCCUAAAAAGGGUUAAAAACUCAUACAUGUACACUGUGUGCUCGAGCCUAGUGGCCACACUGGCUUUCUUGCCCUUCUUUCACAUGUUUUUCCUACCCAGCGAACUCAAAGAUCUUCGCUAUGAAAGGUACAGAGUCUACGGACUGGUGUUGCUGGGUUUCAUUGUAGGAGUAUUAAUGUCGCUUUGCAAUAAAUACUUCCUGUCAAAUACAAGCAUUAUGGGAAGGUCAAUUAGUUUGUCAGUAAUUUCAUCUCUGACUGGAGGAAUUAUUAACUCACUUUCAUUCUCAAAGCUGUUUACAUUGAUUCCAACUGCAUUGGUGGCAUUGAUUCUGCUUUUGUCACUGAUGUUGACAGACUUUUACGGGCUAAUCUUCGUGUGCGCAGGCUCAAUGUGUUCACUCUGCUUAGUACUCACAGGCUCAAUUUUCUACUCUUUGAUCUUCGCAUCACACAGGUUAACAGAGGUUGAACCCGAUGAUAAUCCCGAAAAUGCUGAAAACCCAGCAGACAGUCUUGUUCUAAGAAACCUAAAGACCUCGUGGUCCACAGUAAGUGAUGUAACCAAACCUUACCUGAGCACUUGUUGCAUUUUACUGGGUCUGGUGCUCAUUGACCACUUGUCAGUGAAACUGGAUGUUGUCAACCCAGGAUACCUUAACGCCUUCGUGCUCACAUCGCUAUUCUUGGGAUGCACAUUCCCAGUGGUUGAAAGCGGUUUGAUUCUCAGGAUCUCAUCCUCAAUUGCAAAUACAAAGUUGAGGAAAACAUUUAAGGAGGUUUACAACUCACUUUAUCCCCCCAAAGGCGACCGAGAUGAUGGAAAAGGUAGGGGAAAGGGUAUAAAGCUUUCAUUUUUCAAGAGCAAAAAAAGAAAAAAUCAAGAUGAUAAGCCAGAGAGUGAGGAUAACACAAAGAGUAACGCCGAGAUUGACGUUCCAAAUGAAAAGGCAGAAGAGUCCAACAACGAUGAGCUAAUCAAUAUCGUAAUUAGCUCAGAUGAUGAAACAAAGUAUAGGAAGUUCAGAGGAGGUUUUAAGAACUGCUUACUUGUUGAAGCUGGAGUUAAAGAACAAUCACUACUGAAUGCUCCAAUCACCUGCAGCAGUUCGAGAUCUCCAUAUGCUGAUGACACCGUUGACUACGAUUCCACCAACGACUCAUUCCACACUGUCAACUCUAACGCAGUCAGCUCUAGCAAUGGCGAGGGUAAUAAUUCGAGUUUUGACGUGAGGAAACAUUGCUCCAGAGAUUACAGAAUAUUGAAGAAUGCAGAUAACCAUUACAAGAUGUUCCAUCCCAAGUACCAUCAGAAACAUUUUAACUUACAAAAGCAGACAACUGACGAAGAAGUCAGUGUAGAAAAUAACCAAAAUGCAGAAAUCCUUGAAAACAAUGAAAGUCACCAAAAUUUAGCCUCGAUUGUAGAGAAUAAGAAUAACCCGCAAGUUCCAUUGGAAACAACAGUGGAUUUGAAUAAGAUGAUUGAGGGCAUGAGGAAGAGCAAUUCCAGUGGUAGCUCAAGUUGUAGUAGUAGCUACAGGGAAUAUGAGGAUUCAUAUCCCGAAAAGAAACUUCAAUCAACCCAAGUCCACUCUUCUCAGUUAGUAGAUCAAGAGUCAAAUGAUGAGUCUGAAUUAGACGAAACAAAUUACACACGUUCAUUAUCGUCCAAGAAAGGCAGAAUUGGAGAUAAACAAAUUAGUAUUGACGUCAAUACCAACUUAUUACCCCCAGAUGUGGACAUUUCUGAUAAGCCCAGACGUCCAACUCCCAAAUCUUCCAGCGCUUUGUUGGAAGAUUUAGAAGCUAAUUUGAAAGAGCCGCCAAAGGGAGACCAAUUGCUAACAUAUAAAACUGUGUUAAUAUCAAUUUUACUUUCAGUCUUGCCAUUCAUUUUGGCCUAUGGAUUUCCACUUUUGGUUGGUAUUUGUUUGGGUAAGAAUGCACUCAUCACCUUUUUACUAUUUGCAAACAUUUCAUCUUCAAUUUUAGUUCAAGUACUUUCACUUUGUUCGAUGACUCUUGAGUCAAGUUACAAUCACAUCACCAAGAUGAGCUCUGCUGAUUCUAACUCCACAGUUUCACCCUCUCAGUUGGUGGACAGUAAUGGCAUUGUUUCCAAGAGGAUGAGCAAAAUCUUCUCCUCAUCAAUUGGGCCUGUGCUAAAUGCUCUUAUGAUGGCUUUGCCUUUAUUCUGCAUCUACACAUUCAACCUGUACAAUAGCCUUUCAAACAAGGAUGGGUUCCCCUCCUGUCAAAGCUUUUCUUUUAAAAAUUACAUUAAUGUCAGAAACAAUAAAUUUGUAAAAGAUUACUUGAUGGAAAUUAAUGACAAUGAGAAGGUAGGAUAUCUGGACAAGAAAAAUGACGACAUUCUAUUAAAAGUUAACGUUAAGCCUGGUUCAAGGCAGACUCAGAUUAUUGGAGAAUCAGAAGGACGCUUGUCAGUCCAAAUCGCAGCUCCACCUAGAGAAGGUGAAUGUAACAAAGCUUUAAUCGAAUUCAUUUCAAAAACUCGUAAUUUUUACUAUUUCUUAGCUUUUAAUACUUUUAAUGUUCUAAUUUUCUUAGUUGGCGUAAAGAAGGGGAAUGUGACGCUAUUACACGGGCACAAGUCAAGGGAUAAAAUCCUAUCCAUUACUGGAAUUGAUAUACAGACGGCCUCGAAUCUUCUUAUUAACUCUUAUAAAUCUGACGACUAA